CCACGUGGUGUACACGUGGUAUAGCCACUCCCACAAUGGCUGGUUGCUAUUUGCUUAGAAAUACAUUGUUUUUGCGUGGCUGCGGAGCUAGGUUGUGCGAGAAAGCGGUACCAUUUUCUGGAAGAGUUUCUAAUCUAGGAGUUUGUAAUACCAGAAGUUAUGCUGUUAUUCCUAACACUCAAGAAUAUCUCAAGAGAAAAGGUGUACUUGAGGCAGUAAAUACAGAUAUUGCUUCUGCUACUCAAUCGAAAUUAUUUGCUGUUGUAUGUUUAGCUGGCAGACAACACAAAGUGACAAGCAAUGAUACACUCGUCGUGAAUUCACUCGAGGCCGAGACAGGAUCUCAAAUAUUCCUCAACAAAGUUUUGCUUGUUGGUUCAGAGGACUUCACUUUGAUUGGCCGGCCAGUAGUAAGUUCAGAGACGGUUAAAAUAACAGCAACAGUCAUUGAACACACUCGAUUGAAAAAGAUUACCGUAUUUAAAAAGAAGAGAAGGAAGAACUACAAGAAGACGCAAGGACACAGGCAGGACUCUACUGUAUUACGAAUCAAUGAAAUUAAUGUCACACCAAACCUAGACUGAUCCAACCUAGCUGUUCCAUGUCAAUACUCUUAACAUGGCACUGGACAGGCUUCUGACAAUUUAAUUCAUUUCUUUACAGUCUGUGUGUAUGUAUGUGUGUGUCCUUCAGUAAUUAUUAAAUUCUUGCUGAGAGGGCGAGUAUCCUGGAGUAGUUUA